AUGUCAGAUAACGCAAUAAGCGCUCCGUCCAGGAAACUGGAUGAGUUCGAGGAGCUCGUCUACGAGUAUACAGGGCGCAUGGGCAUGGGGAUGAGGGACUGUAACCUCCGCUUCGAAUCCGCAACCCGCGGUCCUCCGGCUACAGUCUCGUUCCUGUUGACGAUCACUCCUGCGCUGAGCAAUUACAUGGGUAACCUCCACGGCGGUUGUGCUGCUACUUUGAUUGAUGUUCUGUCAACCACUAUCUUGUUGGGCAUUUCCGAACCGGGCAAGUUCUCUUUCGGAGGUGUCAGCCGCAACCUCAAGGUGACAUAUCUGCGGCCUGUACCUACCGGAACUGAGGUGCGUCUCGUUUGCGAGGUUAUCCAUGUUGGAAAACGGCUGGCAUUGCUUCGCGCUGAGAUCCAGAAGGCGGAGAGUGGUGAUGUUUGUGUGAUUGGUGAACAUGAGAAGGCCAAUACCGACCCGGAGGUGACGCAGAGGAUUUGA